UUACCAGAUCGCCUGCCGACGCCGAUAAAAAGUGAAAGGAACUCCUCCAACUGCGUGAAAGGUAAACGAGCCGGUCACGCUUCAUGUACAUUUCUGAGCACGCUUACUUGUUUCUAUGUGGAGCAGCUGAGGGAGGUUGUCAAUGCAUUUAACAAGACCAAAGUCUUCGAAAGGGAGGAGCAGACCCGCCGUUGACAGCUUGCUACACCCAGGUGGUUCACACAUCGACCCGAAGGCCCCAAACUAUCACCUCAGGGGCAAGCCGGACGGAACCGUCCGCUCCCUGUCCGAGCCUGAGCUUCGGCAGGCCCGGCGGUGGAACAGGGAGGAACUUCUGCACUUGCUACCGCAGGAGCAUGAUGCUGUUCCUAAAUUAUCUCUAAACAGGUACAAAGUCCUUCCAUCCAUACCGACCAGGCAGUCCAAGGAGAGGUCGCCGAAGAACUUGGAUGAAAUGAUGGUACACCUCAACCUGUCUGGAGAAGUGACUAAAAGCAGGACACUGGAGCAGGAAGGGACUAAUGGACAGCUCAGUAUCGGAGCCCGGUGUGAACCCUCAGAAACAGCAACACCUAAUUCAGGCAGUUUGCUUCUGGCUAUAAGGGCGCCGUGCGGUCGGAGGUUUGAGCAGUACUUUAACCCCACAGACACCCUGCGGGCGGUGAGAGCCAGCGCAGAGGCCCGGUUUGCUGCCACCUACAGAAAGGCUUUCAUCGAGACCAUGGAUGUGCCACGCAGAACCUUUACAGACAUGGACAUGACCCUGGAGCGGUGCGGCAUCCUGAACAGAUCAGUGCUGUGCAUCUCUUACCAUUUCCAGCACUAUUAAACAAAGCGCUGACGCAGAAAUACCACACUUUAUUGAGCCAAAUCAAUAAAGUAGUUUUGAAUUUGAAGUAACCUGGUGGAUGAGCCACGUUUUUCAGCAACAAACGCACCAAUCAGAAAUCGGAAUAAAACGAUUUUGUUCAUUGUGUGGUGACCACCAGGUCAAAUACUUUCAUUUUUUUAAACUGCCAUCCAUUUUUGGUCUAUAAACUUUUCAAUAACAGAAUUAAAUAAAAUGUUGUAAUAUACUGUUUCACCUCAAAUUAUAAUAUCGGCUGUACCUGCUUAUUCUUGGAGGUAAAACCUGAACAGGUCGCCAAUUGCAUAACA